AUGGCUCAUUCGGAUCAGAUCUUAGCACUAAAGAGAAAGCGUACGUCGAUAAAGGCUGCAUGUACCCGAAUAAAAACAUACGCGGAUUCGGUGACUCAAUUGACGCCGGAAACGGUAGCAAAUUUAGAGGAAAGAAAAGAUAAAUUAGCUAGCUAUUGGAAGGAGUAUGACUGGCAAUCUGAGAUAGAGGCAAUCUGCGACGGUGAGGGAGGAGAUCGCGAGGCGUUUGAAGAAAUGUUUUUCGGAUUGACGGCAGCGUUGCGCUGCAAGAUUGCGGGAUAUAAUCGCGUGCCUUCCAAUAGCCGCUCCGCAGUGUCUACCCCGGUAUCCGUCGGCGAGGCAGCAAUUAUAAUUCAAUCGCUGGAAUUGACUGAUUCAAAUUAUCAAGUAGCUUGGGAUUUAUUAAAACAGAGAUAUGAUAACAAACGCGCUAUAGUGCAUACGCAUCUACGCGCCCUGUUCGAGCUGCCGAAUAUCGCGAAAGAAAAUGCUGUUGAGCUGCUUUCGUCUAAAUUCGAUCCGAUUACUGCUAGAGAGUGGCAGGUGUCGUUGACCGGGACAGAGUUACCCGCGUUCAAGCAGCUCUCAGAAUUUUUGGAGCACAGAUGCAAUUUGCUAGAAUCGUUGAAUCGCGGACAAACUCAGCCCGCCGGAAAGCGUUUGGCAGCUCACGUCGCGACUGCCUCUUUGUUGUGUGGAUAUUGCCAGGGAAAACAUCUCAUUUAUUAUUGUCGUGAGUUUAUUAAACUGCCGGUCGCUCGACGAAUCGCGGAAAUACGGAAGCGCAAGCUAUGCGCAAAUUGUCUUCGCGGGGGCAAUCAUUAUGCCGCAAAAUGUAAAAUGGGCGCGUGUAAAACAUGCGGAGCCAAACAUAAUUCGAUGCUUCAUCUUCAGGCGGAUUCGGGCGACAUUACUGAAAAGGGAAAGGCCGAAGGUGUCCUCCGCGUGGAACGCGCAUGUAUUGCUUUCAACGGCAAUUGUGUAUAUAAUGAUGCUACUGGAACGAGACAAUCAUGUCGAGUUUUGCUGGACAGCGGCUCGCAAGCGAAUUUUAUAACGCAAGAUUGUGUCGAGAGAUUAAACUUAAGGCCAUCGACGGGCAGUGUUAGAAUCACCGGAAUAAAUGGCAUGACAAGCGACGCCAACGAGAUCGUGAAAGUAAAAUUACAUUCUCGUUUGAGCGGCUUCUGCGCAAGUUUGGAUGUUCCCGAUCGCAUCCCACGCUACAAAAAACGCUUUUCGGAUGGAUUGUCGCCGGCCGUGGAGGUCACCGCUCGCGACGCCCGCGGGCGCGAAGUGAGAGCGUUUCACAUUUCGGUGGCGGAUGCCGCCUUGCAAAAUCAAUUAGCCAAAUUCUGGCAGAUCGAGGAAGAUUUUCGGCCGUCGGAUUCGUACACUAGCGCGGAGCGUUUUUGCGAGAGACACUUCCUCGAUAAUACUAAGAGAAAUAAAGAGGGUCGAAUAAUAGUCACGCUUCCGAUUAUUAAACAGAAAUUAGAGAAUCUCGGGGAAACGCGAGACAUAGCAAUGCGGCGUUUUUGCGGGCUGGAAAGACGGCUGAAUCGCGAUCCGGGAUUAAAAUCGCAAUACGCGGCAUUUAUGCGCGAGUACUUGGCCCUUGGGCAUAUGAAAUUAGUAAGGGAGGAAAAUGACAAAGACAAGGGAUUGCCGACGUACUAUUUGCCGCAUCAUUGUAUAUUAAAGACGUCAAAUGAAACGACUAAAAUCAGGGUGGUUUUCGAUGCUUCAUGCAAAAGUUCGACAGGGGUUUCUUUGAACGACGCUCUUAUGAUCGGGCCGACGGUGCAGCAGGAUUUAUUUUCCAUUGUAUCGAGGUUUCGAAUUUUUCGAUUCGUAUUCUCCGCAGACAUCGCCAAGAUGUACCGGCAGAUAUUGGUCGAUCCGCAGCAGACGCGACUGCAGCGUGUUCUGUGGCGAGAUGAGGCCACCGCGAGCGUGCAAACAUACGAAUUAAUAACGUUGACAUACGGUACAGCGACCGCGUCAUAUUUAGCUACUAGAGCGCUGCAAUUUUUGGCCGAGAUGUACGCGGAGGAAUUUCCCGCGGGAUCCCGGCGAGUAAAACGCGAUUUUUACGUUGAUGACCUGCUAACGGGAGCGGACACAAUCGAGGAAGCAUUAGCGUUGAAAAACCAGAUCGUAAAGAUUCUGAACCGCGGCGGAUUUCAACUGAGCAAGUGGCAUUCAAACGAAUCAGUAUUGAUAAAUGAUAUGUAUGAUAAACAUAACGCCGAGGUUCAAAUUGAUAGAGACGCGACGUCGCGCAUCCUCGGAAUUCUUUGGAAUCCGUCGAUGGAUGUAUUUCGGUUCGCGAUUGAAUUGCCGACUGACUCACACAAGAUAACGAAGCGCGUAAUAUUGUCGGAGAUAUCAAGAUUAUUUGACCCGUUGGGAUUAAUCGGUCCGGUUAUUAUCAUACCAAAAAUGCUGUUACAGGAGAUUUGGCAAUUAAAAAUACAGUGGGAUGAAUCGAUUCCACUGGAUAUGCAUGCAAGGUGGUCCGCGUUUAAGAGACAAUUAAGAGAAUUAAAUGAUUUAAGCGUCCCGAGGUUUAUAGGGAGAAAUCAAGAGGGGGCUCGCGUUCAGAUACACGGGUUUUGUGACGCCAGCCAGCGGGCGUAUGGCGCGUGUUUGUAUAUUCGAAGACAAAUACAUGGGAACGAAGUACAGAUUGAUCUGUUGUGCUCUAAAACAAGAAUAGCCCCACUCAGAGCGAUUUCGAUUCCGCGACUCGAGCUUUGCGCGGCAUUAUUGCUGGCACAAUUGUUGGACAAAGUGCGUUCAUCUAUUGACAUAAAGGACGUGCGGUAUACUUUGUGGUCGGAUUCCACGAUCGCGCUGAGAUGGAUUUCGUCGUGCUCGAGAAAAUGGUCGGUUUUUGUGUCAAAUCGCGUCGGAGAAAUACAGCGGUUAACUUCCGGUUUGGAUUGGCGGCACGUGCCGACAACCGAAAAUCCUGCGGAUUUGCUAUCUCGGGGCGUCCACCCGCAUGACAUCGGGAAUGCCGCGCUAUGGUGGCGAGGUCCCGCGUUGUUAAAGAGCAGCGAGGAGUCGUGGCCAAGCGUUGGCGAAUAUGUCCCGGAGUCCGAGAUGCCGGAGAGGCGGCGGAUAGUUGCUGCUGUCGCUGGCGUGGUGGCACUAAGCCCCUUUUCGGAGCUUAUAGCUAGAUGUUCGAGUCUAGAUAAAUUAUGCCGAAUUGUUGCAUAUUGCAGGCGAUUUAUUGGACCGCGUCUGCGAUCCGAGGGAGACGUGGGCGUUCACGUCUCGCACGUGGAAAUCUCGGCCGCAUUGGAAAACAUUUGCAAGCUGGUGCAAGGGGAAGUUUUUUCAAACGAGUUCGAGCAAUUAAAGAAGGGAAACGCUCUCACUUCCGCUAGCUCAUUAAAAUCAUUAUCGCCGUUCUUGGAUAAACAGGGUCUGAUUCGCGUCGGUGGGAGGCUCGAAAAAUCACAAUUAAGAUGCAGGCCGGCGAUAUCGGAAGCGAAAAUGGGGGUGUUACCUGCGCCCCGUGUGACACCUUCGCGGCCGUUCUCUAAUUGCGGCAUCGAUUACGCGGGGCCUCUCAUUAUAAGAGAAGGCAAGCGGCGAAAUGCUCGAAAUAGUAAGGCUUAUCGUGUUGCGGGCGACUCACACCUGACUUUCGAGGAGUUGCAGACAACGUUGUGCGAAAUAGAGGCUGUAUUAAAUUCGCGUCCGUUGACGCCGCUGAGUUCUGAUCCUAAUGAUUUAGCCUAUCUUACGCCGGGGCAUUUUCUGGUUGGCGAGGUAUUGAGUGAUUUUCCAUGCCACGACCUUACUGAUUUAAUUAUUAAGGAAGGUCGAUUGAUACGAUUGCAGAGAGUCGAGCAGCUCCGCCAGCAUUUUUGGAGUCGUUGGAGCCGCGAAUACUUAAAUCAAUUGCAGCAGCGGUAG